GCAGCAGUGAGCUUCAAGACCAUCCUGCUGCACGCUCCUCUGUCCUCCCCCUGACCCAUCAUGUGGGAGGCACGCUUAUCCUCCUUUUGGAGAGCUGUUUUUGCUGAGUUCUUAGGGACUAUGUUCUAUGUGUUUUUUGGGCUGGGGGCUUCCCUUCGCUGGAUUGUUGGCCCCACAAAUGUUCUACAGGUGGCCCUGGCUUUUGGCUUGGUAGCAGCCACCAUGGUGCAGUCUCUAGGCCAUGUGAGCGGUGCCCACAUCAACCCAGCUGUAACCAUGGCCUUUCUGCUGAGCUCGCAGCUUUCCCUCUUCCGUGCUGUCUUCUACGUGGUGGCCCAGGUAUUGGGAGGAUUGGCCGGUGCAGCUGUGCUUUAUGGAGUCACCCCGCCAGCACUACGGGGUAACCUGGCACUCAAUACGAUGCACCCUGGUAUAAAUGUAAGCCAAGCUACCAUUGUGGAAAUCAUCCUGACCCUACAGUUUGUCCUCUGUGUCUUUGCCACCUACGAUGAGAGACGUAACGGACGCAUGGGAUCUGUGGCUCUGGCAGUUGGAUUCUCCCUCACACUUGGACACCUCUUUGGGAUGUACUACACAGGAGCUGGCAUGAAUCCUGCCCGAUCCUUUGCCCCAGCUGUCAUAACCCGUAACUUCACCAACCACUGGGUAUAUUGGGUUGGCCCAAUUAUUGGUGGUUUGAUGGGUGGCUUUUUGUAUGACUUCAUCUUAUUCCCUCGGAUGCGUAGUAUCUCAGAACGUCUGUCUAUUCUCAAAGGUGACCGGCCUGUUGCAACCCAUACAUCCAGAGAACCUCCAGGGGAUCCUAUUGAGCUGAAGACACAAGCACCAUAAACAGUGACCAUAGGGUGGCACAACAUAGCACAUACACACAUCCCUGCUCUGGGGAGAGAUGGGGCAGAAUAACUGGCCCAGUAUACAGACUGUUAUUGCUCCUGGCCAGUGGGAAGUGGUUGCACAAAGGAGGCACAAAUCAGAGGGGAAAAUAUGUUAUCCAGUCUUUCUCUCUCAUAAAAACAAAU